CUGACCGACUGCAGCUUCUGUCCUGGUGUUGACCAGGGUCGUGGGGAGAGAUGAUGGGGAAGCGACCGGGCAGACCCUGGAGGUCGCGGAUACUGAGCUUCUGGGAAGCCUGUAGUAUUCCGGUGCUUGUCGCGAUCUUCCAGCUGCUGUUGUCUCUGGAAGGAUUGGAGGCUAGGGCGAAGAAUGACUUCAGCCUGGUGCAGCCGCUGGUGACCAUGGAGCAGCUGCUGUGGGUGAGCGGGAAGCAGAUCGGCUCAGUGGACACCUUCCGCAUCCCGCUCAUCACAGUCACUCCUCGGGGCACUCUCCUCGCCUUCGCAGAGGCCAGAAAAAUGUCUUCAUCUGAUGCAGGGGCCAAGUUCAUCGCCCUGCGGAGGUCCACGGACCAGGGUAGCACAUGGUCUUCCACAGCAUUCAUUGUAGAUGAUGGGGAGGCCUCCGAUGGGCUGAACCUGGGGGCGGUGGUCAGUGAUGUGGAGACAGGAGUGGUGUUCCUUCUGUACACCCUUUGUGCUCACAAGGUCCGCUGCCAGGUGGCUUCCACCAUGUUGGUAUGGAGCAAGGAUGAUGGCAUUUCCUGGAGCCCACCUCGGAAUCUCUCCCUGGAGAUUGGCACUGAGAUGUUUGCCCCUGGACCAGGCUCUGGCAUUCAGAAACAGCGGGAGCCACAGAAGGGCCGGCUCAUUGUGUGUGGCCAUGGGACGUUGGAGCGGGAUGGGGUCUUCUGUCUCCUCAGUGAUGACCAUGGUGCCUCCUGGCACUAUGGGACCGGGAUCAGCGGCAUCCCGUUUGGUCAGCCCAAGCACGAAAAUGAUUUCAACCCUGAUGAAUGCCAGCCCUAUGAGCUUCCAGAUGGUUCAGUCAUCAUCAAUGCCCGGAACCAAAACAACUACCACUGCCACUGCCGGAUCGUCCUGCGCAGCUAUGAUGCCUGUGACACACUGAGGCUCCGAGAUGUGACCUUCGACCCUGAGCUCGUGGACCCUGUGGUAGCUGCAGGAGCUGUAGCCACCAACUCUGGCAUUGUCUUCUUCUCCAAUCCAGCCCAUCCAGAUUUCAGAGUGAACUUGACCCUUCGCUGGAGUUUCAGCAAUGGUACCUCAUGGCAGAAGGAAAAGGUCCAGCUGUGGCCAGGACCCAGUGGCUACUCAUCACUGGCAGCCCUAGAGAACAGCAUGGGCAGCGGAGAGGAACAGGCACCCCAGCUAUAUGUCCUGUAUGAGAAGGGCUUGAGCCACUACACAGAGAGCAUUUCCAUGGCCAAAAUCAGCGUCUAUGGAAAGCUCUGAGCUGUGUCCUCACCAGCAGCAGAAGGUCCUGGACUCUGCCUUCAGGACCACAGCUCUACAGAGGAUCUGCUGGGAAUGCCAAAAAGACACUUCCACCUUUCCUUGGACUCGAGCAUUUUGCAAAAUCAACUUCUCUUUGACAGGGAGAUCACUCCAUUAGAACAAAAAGCCCAGCCUCCUCUGACACACAGGAAAGGGCCUCACUUGGGGGCACUUCCUUUCCUCAACACUGAGUAUGGCCCCUACCUUUUCUGCCCUCCCUGGGCAGUGCUGCUCGUUUCUCAGGCAGGGCUAAGUGGGCCUAUAGAAUUGAAAAUUGUGAACUCAGGAACUGGGAGACUUGAGCUUCCUCGGAGGGAUUGGAAGAAGAUACCAGCUUUGAGAAGGGUUGGUGAAAGUUCUCGAAGGAAGAGCAGAGUAUAAGGAACUAAGUGCACCACCCUCACAAAUAUGCUAUUUAUGAAUCGUAAUAUUUGUAACUUGAAAUUUUUAAUGAAGGAGAAUG